CUUGGCGCGAGAAGCUGAACGCUACCUGAAGCGCGGGUUCUUUUCCCUCACCGCCGUGUCGUUCAUCCUGGUUCCGAUAAUAAUCUGGCUCAUCAGCCGAAUACCAUCAUGGGCUCGGCCUCUGGAACACACUCACUUCACGGAGCACACUCGGAAAGUCGAUAGGCGGGCUGUAUUAAUGGUAAUCGCAGUAACACCGAGCUUUUUCUGUUUCCUACUUGCAGUCUGUGGUUAUUACAUCUUGAAAGGUCUUGGAAUUCUCUUCCGACGUCACAGGACGGAUGAUUUGUUGCAAUUCGUAAUAAAAUUGUUCGUUGUUGCUGCUCUUGUCGUAUACAAUUAUAGUUUAAUGGGCUUGGGAAUCGGAGGCAUUGGUAUCUCCUGGAAGAAGCAGAUGAAAAACAGUUGUCAAGGCUUCGACACCAGAGUAAACCUAGACAUUUACAUCAAAGGUGACGGCAACCCCCAUUUCCCCUCCCACAAGCUAUCCCUCUACACACCCGACCUCCCCAACCCACCACCCCACCAACUCGGCAUCGACGACUUCGAAUUCACCUCUCCCAUCGACUCCUCUAAGUCCCCCAGCGAGCCCUACCACACCUACCACCGCAUGACCGGCACCCUAUCCCCCUCCCAGCACCUCGCCAUCGACUUCGACCUACCCAACCACCUCUGGAGAAUCAUGAACCUAACCUACACCGACCCAUCACUCAACCCGACCACCUCCUUCCCCGGCACGGCCAGAACGCUCUUCAAAUCCGGAACCUGGUCUCCGACCAACGAAACAAAUCCCCAUGCCUUCAUCCCCGAGCUAUCUCUCCAGAUCCCGAAUCUGUACUACUACACGCGGCACUGCGCAUACCAGCCCUUUAUGAAAGUAUACACAACGACGAACUUAAACGCGACCCAGAUUACCGAGCAAGGGAACAGGACGUGGAGUCCGCUGAACGAGAAAGAGGUCGUGAUGCGGACGGCGGCGUUUGGAUACCUGCCUGAGAAGCUGGAAGUUUGUGCGAGGAGGAACGAGUAUGAGGUUAACGGGACGAAGAUGCACGGGUUGAGAGAAGAUGUUGUAGUCCCAUUGGGACUGCUGGCUGCGUUGAGGCUGCAGAUGCGUGCUGAUGGGAAAUUUGAGCGUGGGUGUGAAUAUGUCGGUGCUUGAGUUGUUGCUUUUUCACUUGAGAAUGUAUGUCAAGUUCAUAAACAUCCUGGCUAGUGUGUUCCGAGCACCGAAUUAGGUCGUAUACAUAAAUUGUUGCUUAGCGUCGAAUACAAACGGGUAGAAAAGAAGGACCCAAAUCUAGACUGUCUAUUAUUCGCCUGCAUGACAGCCAUAAUCAUCAUCAUCGAUAAACCCCCUGUUGCUGAAUAGAAGUCUAUCGUCGUUCACCAAAA